AUCAAAGGCAAGGGAGUGGCUUUGGAGGUGAGGCGAGGCAGGUAGGAAGCGGGCCAGCGGGGGGAGGGAGUGUGAAUGGUGGAGGAGAAGGAGCUGGGGGGGACUACUCUCUUCGUGGGGGAGCUUCACUGGUGGACGACGGACGCUGAUCUCGAGGCAGAGGUCAGCAAGUACGGGCAGCUGAAGGAGGUGAAAUUCUACGAUGAGAAGGCGAGCGGGAAGUCGAAGGGGUUCUGCCAGGUCGAUUUCUAUGAUCCAGUGGCCGCUGCAGCGUGCAAGGAAGGGAUGAACGGGCACGUCUUCAAUGGCCGGCCCUGUGUCGUGGCAUUUGCAUCGCCGCACACUGUUCGUCGGAUGGGAGAAGCUCAACUCAAGAAUCAGCAGAUGGCAGCCCAAUCUUCAGCCUUGCCUCAGAAGGGGAGAGGAGGGGGAGGGGCCCCGAUGGGUGGAAAUUAUGGGAGGGGUGGUGGUGGUGGUGGUAAUUGGGGGAGGGGUGGAAUGGGGAAUCGAGGGCCAAUGGGGAAUGUGAGGAACAGGAUGGGGCCUGUGGGCGGUAGAGGAAUCAUGGGAAACGGGGGGAUGGUCGCUCCACCUCCUCCGAUGCUGCAUCCUGGCGCUAUGCUUGGUCAGGGUUUUGAUCCAACUGGUUUUGGAGCAGCUGCUAUGGGGAGGAUGGGUGGUGCAUAUGGAGGCUUUCCUGCAGGGCCGACGACAACUCCAUUCCCGGGAUUGAUGCCUUCAUUUCCUCCAGUUGUGGCUCCUCAUGUGAACCCGGCCUUCUUCGGGAGGGGAGGGAUGGCCGCUGGUGGUGUUGGGAUGUGGCCGGAUCCCAGUAUGGGUGGAUGGGGAGCCGAAGAGCAGUCAAGUUAUGGGGAUGAUGCUGCUUCAGACCAGCGGUAUGGAGAAGGAAGCCAUGGGAAGGAUCGGGGUCCUGACCGGGAUUGGUCUGGGGUUUCAGAUAGAAGGCAUGACAGGGAGAAGGACAUCGGUCCUGGGCAGGAAUGGUCUGAGAGGAGGCAUCAUGAUGGAAGAGAAAUGAGUAGGGAGAGGGAAAGGGGUAGGGACAGAGACAGAGAAGGGGUAACAGAGAGGGAAAGGGAUAGGUAUCGGGAUGACAGAGACCGUCAUGGAGAUCACUACAGGCACAGGGACCGUGCAUCGGAGCUGGACGAUGAUUGGGAUAGAGGACGAUCAUCGAGGCAAAGAAGCAAGUCGCGGGAGGUUGAGCAUUCAAGGAGGCGGCGUUUAUCACCUGAGUGAGAUGCGGUGUUAGCAAAUUCCUUAGCUAGGAAGGAGACCAAUGAUUUGUGGGCAAGUAUGUCAGUCACUUCUAUUUUUGUUUUAGACUUUAGUAAUUUCAUGCCCAUGGGACACGUGAAGAGGUUGCUUGCAGGGACCUGUUGUAGCUAUCAUUUUAGAUAUCUGGAAGAGCAGUUGGAAGUGGUUUGGCUACAGUGGCAGGUCCCUCUUUGUUGAGUUGAUGCGGGUCUUCUUCCGAGCCUAAAAAUUGAAUGAGUGAUGCUAAUGAUGCAUGUAUUUGCUCCAAAACCAAUUUAGUAAUUGUCUCUUUGGUUUGAAACCUUUGGAAUGUAUUGAAGUGUUGUUGGAGAUUUCACUGCAUGGAAUGUAAGAUUUAAGUUAAAUGACGGAAAAAUGGUCUUGCUUAUUUACACCUGUAAGUGCAAUAUCUGACGACGCACUUGCAGAAAGUGGUGGUGCGAUAGAUCUUUGGUCAGUGCUGGUGGAACAAGAAGCUGUUCUCGAGGUUUCCUUUUUUAAUGAAUGAUGAUGAUGAAGGAAUUUGCUGAACGCAUGGUCACAGAUGCAUGGGUCUCCUUUGCUUGAUGGAUGAUAAAUGUGAGUCUCAAGCUUUUUGGAGCUAGCAGGGUACACAAGGUGAUUUUUUGACUAUCCUUAUCAUUUCUCCCCUCUUUCCUUGUAUGGAUGAAGAGAAAGACCGCCAUUUAUGUAAGAUUCUGAGUUUACUGAAUACAAUUUUCCUUCUGUGCGUUUUUCUGCUUUA